AUGGAGAGGAAAGUGAGUAGGACAGGUUCAUACCCGAUUCAGGAUACUGCAUUCAUUCCCAGCACGACCUUUGAAGGCCCACUGCCCGAUGGCGACCUCAAAAAUCUCCGGCUCCCGCCGACGAUGCGGGCCUUGAGAAAAGCGGAAGAUACCAAGAACCAUCCGCGAACUCUCGUCAUUUGCCUCGACGGAACUGGCGAUCAGUUUGACAAUGACAAUAGCAAUAUUGUCAACUUUGUCUCGUGCCUCAAGAAGCACUCGCCAGCGGAACAGGUCACGUAUUACCAGUCCGGCAUCGGCACCUAUGACAAGGGCGGGUUGUCAAAUGGCAUCGGAGCAGCCAUGGACAUGGCCGUGGGUAGCGGAUUGGGCAUUCAUAUAAAGGACGCGUACAAGUUCUUGAUGCAGAACUAUCACGAUGGCGACAAGAUUUGUCUGUUUGGCUUCUCCCGCGGCGCCUACACGGUGCGCUGCUUGGCCGGCAUGUUGCACAAGGUUGGCCUGCUGCCUGCCAGCAACGGGUCCCAGCUCAACUUUGCCUACAACUUUUACAAGGACGACACGGAGGACGGCCGGAAGCUCGCUGCCGGGUUCAAGCGGACCUUUUGCACCCACGUCGAGGUUCACUUUGUCGGCGUGUGGGAUUGCGUCGCGAGCGUGGGCUUCAUCCCGCGCCGGCUGCCCUUUAGCAAGUCGCCGACCAAUUCCAUCCGGCACUUUCGACAUGCCAUGGCUCUGGAUGAGCACCGUGCCAAGUUCAAGGUCUGUCAGUGGCAGCAGCAAAACCCGGAUGCCGACAGCAAGCACCCCAAGCGCCGCGAGACUGUCGAUUUUACGCCGGCCGGUCGCGUCAGACGGCGCUUUGGGUUGAAAAAGACGCCCGCAAUGGCAACCACCAACGGAGUGGCCGCUAAUGGCUACACAAAUGGCUAUACCAAUGGACAUACCAAUGGUGCCACAAAUGGCGACCUGGCGAGACCUAAAGUCAGUAAGGUGCUGUCAGAUAGCCAGUCCAGCCUGGAACGCAAAUUCCAGGAGCAGGACAAGGCGCAUCACCGAAACCGGUUCUUUGAGACGGACGUGCUCGAGGUGUGGUUCAUGGGCUGCCACGCCGACGUGGGCGGCGGCGCCGUGGCCAACGAGACGCGGCACAUGCUGUCGCGGAUCCCGCUGCGGUGGAUGAUGCGGCAGUGUUUUGACUGCAACACGGGCAUCCUGUUUGACACGGCGCGGCUGGCCGAGUUUGGCCUCGACGUGCACACGCUGUGGCCCAAGUACCAGCAGCCGGUGCGGCCCAUUGCCGGCCCGCCGCCGCGGCUCGUGGAAAAGUACGAAAAGAAGACGCUGGCGCCCCUGUACCGCCGCUCCGUCUUUUUGCCCAUCGGCUCCCAGGACGACCGCAUCGAGAACGCCCCCUCGGCCGAGAAGCUCAACUACAUUCUGCCCUCCGAGUCGGACGAGGAUUACUUUGACGGUCUGGAAAGGUGCAAUGACAUGCUCCGGAUUGCCCGCGUCUGGUGGAUUCUCGAGCUGUGGCCCAUCAAGCUGCGCAUCUUGACCAAGGAGGGCGACGGAUGGGAGAAGCACGUGCGCAUGAAUCUUGGGAGACAUCGCGGUGUCCGAUGCAGUGAGCCCAAAAUGCACUGGACUGUUCAGCACGCCAUUGCUGAAGGGAGGUACAAUCUAAAGGCCAAGUGUGAAAAGGGUGUGUGUUGGACAGAGACUUAUUAA